GUUAUAGAUAUCUAACCGGUCAAAAUCUUUAGUAACUUUGAAGCUAAAGUUUGCCUUGACUAAUAGUAUCUCUUCCCAGACGCUGGCGGACCCAGCUGUUUCUAGUAUUGUGGUCACAGUGUUGAUGGAUCCAGAAGAAUAGUGUACCCAGCUAUUGGGUUCAAUUAUAGUGGGUUUUUAAGUAUUUGGAAGCUUGGAUUAACGUCACCACGCAAUAAAUUGGCCUAGCGGUCAAGUUCGUUAAAAGGAAGCCGUGGCCGACUUCGGCCCGGCAACCUUUGGUCCCUGCAAUUGAGAAAGUUAACGGUUAUCACCUCUCACUGAGAAGCCAAUGAUUGUUUAGAAGGUAAACAUAACUACGUUUAGCUAAUCACGUAGGCUGGCACGGUCGCCUAGGAGAGAAAACGACUUUGCAGGGCCCUGGGACUAUUAGUGUAAAUUCAGCUGGACGAGAAAGUUAUUGAUUCAUGGUCCUAGUUCCAAUGUAUAUCCUCCAUUAGUACUUGUCACUGAACAUAACAUCCAACCACUUGCUGUGACAGCAACUAAAGUGUGCAAAGAAACCAAAGCUUGAUGCCGGUGUACAACUCUUUUCUCCUUUGGAGCCUUAAUACUUGGAAUGAAGAAAAGAUUCAUAUUGUUGGAGGACGUGUCUGCUUCGUCCUCAGUUGAUUGUCACCCGUCUCUAUCCAGCAUGGUCGAUUACUCUGGUGCAGCACCCGGAGGCCUUCUUUUUGCUGUCUACUUCAGUCCUGGUGGAAAUGGUGGAAUUUUUUCCUCAUGCUCCAAUCAAGGUCUUGUAGCCAGUCCAGGUGCCAUCGCCUUAGAGAGCGGUGUGUGUUCUUUCUCUGGUAAUGUCGGCAUUGAAAUUUGUUGGCUCGAACAAGCAUGGGCUAUUGCCAAACAUUCAGCCAAGGCGGCAGGAUUCGUAGUACUUCUCGGAGUAGGCGGUGUUCUUUGUUACCACUGGCUCUACUCCAUGCACAGGAAACGAAACCUGAGUGGAAGACGAACUUCUUUAUAUCCGUUCACCAUUGAAAUGGAACAACAAGGCGAUUGUGAGGAAAUGGAAGAGGAUUUAUUUGAUUUGUUCGAAGUCGACAUCUCGGUCGGUCUCAACUGCCUUUCGGGCGAUCACAGGCCAAAACGCAAGAUUGGAAAAGGAGUAUACAUAGCCGAUCAAAUUCGCACUCGUUGGCGUCACGUACCUCGUCGCAAUAAACAAACGCAGGAAGUUGAAUACCAUCCGCAGCCACUUCACCAGAGCUAUUCCAUCCCCGAUGGAUUGGUUAAGUUCAAUGAACCGCAUUCAUUGCACAAAUUUGCACAAAAUGAACGCUUUUUGGUUCGCCAAUCCAACGAGUCAUUCUCAGGAUUUUCAUCACACGAAGCGUCACCCAGCCAUGCCUGUCGUAUCCGUUCUUACAGCCUUUCUGUUAAAGAUCAAUACCUUCAGUCGGAAGGAAGCUCUUGGAGUUUUUGGGAUAGUUCUGUGGAAUCCUUUAUAUCCGGAACAGAUUGCAGUGAAACGAGUCGACUGAUCCGGGAGUAUUCAGUCGAUAGCGACUGUUCCGAUUUCUCCCUUGAUAUACCAUUCAGCGAGAGUUGUAAUUCAAACACUCUGGAGGUUAUCGAACGAAUCGAACAAGAGAUCAACAGCGUCAAAAACAACUGUUUAGCCAUGAAUCAUGAGUUAUAUACCCUUCACGACGUCCAUCCAUCUGGCAUUACAAGUGGCGAAUCAGAGAUGGAUCUCUCAAGUAUUACCAUGGAGCUCGCUCCUCUCCAUAUGUCCCAAUCUUCCUUCAAAGGAAUGCUAAACUUAACGUCCAUCCCAGACGAAAUCAGCGACGUAGCUUCAAAUGCUUCAGAUUUUUCACCAAGUCGCAUGCAACUUGCGCUUGUUUCAGGAAGCGACGAAGACGGAAUCUCUAUGGAAUGGGAUAACCGUGAUCUACAAUCGUCCGUCCUGGACGAAGAGAGUAAACCCUCUGAAGAGGUAUUGGUAUUUACGGAUCCGGUAGUUCCAGCUCCUAGCCAGUCGCUCGUCUUGUACAAAAGUGGCAAUCUGUUGGACGUUCAAACUAUUAGUCCCCAAUGGUGCUCGCAAGAAUCCGGCUACUUGGAGUGGGAAGGAACACCUGGCAGCGAUGUAUCAACUUCCUUUACAACUGGCUCAAUCCUCUCACCUCUUCAAGAGAAGAGGGAGAAUGAUUCCAUGAGCUGCACCACGACUUCGUCGUACAGUAGCUGCCUUACCAGCCCGGAUGAUUCAUCCCACGAAGAUAGCAUCGGAGUGGUCAAGCGUCGACAGUGGGCAAAAGCCAGUCAGCAAAAUCGGGAUUCAGCCAUCUCCGAUCUUGGACUUGAUCUGGAAGCAGCCUGGAGAGAAGAGGCGGUUGGAAUUACUGUUUUAUUGCAUCAUUACGCCCAGGAUACUUGGCAAGCACCAACGCCGCGUGCUCAGACUAUUAAACAGGCGUACAUCGAAUUGGAACGCAUGACGGAAUGCCGGCGGAUGAGAAAGAUGCGCGGUGAUAACUACGGAAUUUUGCGAGCAGCGCUGUGUCAGAUGGUGAUGAAGAGGAUUCCUAUACCUCGAGCAAGUGAAGCCAUCGAUUCCAUUUCUCGUGAGCUGGCACACGGAGGUGACUGGAUUCGGCAAUGGACGUUUGGGCACCGACUGCCCUAUGGACCCAAUAACGUCUUACAAGGCAUGCGUUUAUGUCUAGAAACGCUGGACCGUUUGAUGGAAGAAAUGGAAAAGGAGACCGAUCCGUUAGAAGCUUUAGUGUCACGUCUUAAUGCUGACCUUGUUUUAGACACACAACUCAUGGAAGCUCUCAAGUUACACAUGUUGAAUGCUGCCUUGAAUCUGCAGUUAACCGAUUCGCUUGGAGAUGCACUUCCGCUGUUCGCCCUGGGUCUCUUUGCACGACCUGAUUCCAAAAAUGUCAAAGAACUGACGAUUAAUUAUCUGAACCCCAUUGGGGAUUCAGCUACGUUACAGCGGGCCGAGUAUUAUCUAUUGGGAUUUGCACUUCACGCCCGCAUUGACGUAUACCGUCCCACGACCACAAAUCUUGAUGGGCAAGACAACGUGGACCUACGAACGUCUUACCCAGAUUUCGAAUCCUUCAGUAAUUUAAUAUCCAUCAUUGAGGAGGACGAGCGACAUUAUUCAGUCCCAGUGCCUUAACUUUGCUAGCUGUUAAACAAAUCAGUUUACAUGUCUAGUCUUUUCUGUUGUGUUACUCAUUUCUGUAAAUGACUGGAAUGAAGAUAGUGUCGAAACUGUCUGGUCGUUAUGUUCCUAUGCAAAAUCAUCCCUUCUUGCUUGUAUAGUCUUU